ACGUGCCUGAGCCGAGCCGCGCGCGCUCCAUCUCCAUCUCCUCCUCUCCGUCUAACGCCACCAUGUUCUCCUACGCGGCGCAGCACGGACACGCACUGCCGCCCUUCUCCAUCACCAACCCGGGUCACUUCGUGGCGCAUCACGCCGUCAUUCCGAACGGGCCGUACGACGGGGUUCUGUCCGGUGCGCCGAGGCAGAGCUACACUGGCGCCGGUUACCCGUACGCGCAGGCUUACAGUCAGGCGUACCAGAGCGGCGCGCUGUACCCGCUCUCCCCCGGACUCAUGGCCGCCAAAGCGCAAGUGUUCCUCUGCAACCGCGCGCUCUGGCUCAGGUUCCACCGGCACCAGACCGAGAUGAUCAUCACCAAACAAGGGCGGCGCAUGUUUCCUUUCCUAAGCUUCAACAUUUCUGGGCUUGACCCGACAGCCCAUUAUAAUAUUUAUGUGGACAUUAUUCUGGCUGAUCCGAACCACUGGCGGUUCCAGGGAGGGAAGUGGGUCCCGUGCGGAAAAGCGGACACCAAUGUAACGGGAAACCGAGUGUACAUGCACCCGGACUCCCCGAACUCAGGAGCGCACUGGAUGCGGCAGGAGAUCUCAUUCGGGAAACUCAAACUAACCAACAACAAAGGAGCUUCAAAUAACACCGGCCAGAUGGUGGUCCUCCAGUCACUGCAUAAGUACCAGCCCCGGGUUCACCUGGUGGAGGUGAAUGAAGACGGGACAGAAGACUCAAGCCGCCCAGACCGUCUGCACACCUUCACCUUCCAGGAGACGCAGUUCAUCGCGGUCACUGCGUACCAGAACACGGAUAUCACUCAGCUGAAAAUCGACCACAACCCGUUCGCCAAAGGAUUCCGGGAUAAUUAUGACACGAUUUACUCGGCGUGUGAGAGCAGCGAGCGGCUGAGCCCGGCUUCUGCAGACCCCCAGCGCGCGCACGCUCAGCUGAUGCCGGCCCGGUACGCGGGCGCCUUCCUGCACGACCAGUUCGUGGGCCAGUACCCGGGUCCGGGAGGGGGCGGGGAGCGCGCGCCGCCCUUCACCGGCAGCCUGGUGGGCUCGGAGCAAGCCGAGGACAGAUGGUUCACCAACAGAUUAGAUUUUCCCGCUUCGACGUACGACGCGGCGGAUUUGACUGGCAGCCUGCCCUCCUUGCUGCCCUAUCCUCCGGCUGCAGGCGGGGUCAAAGGUCAGACGCUUUCCGCUGCCCAGAACUCUGGGCGCGCGCUCGGUGCCUACUGCGGCGCGCAGGGCGGCUGGGAGUGUCGCGGUGCCGCGCUGCCCAGCUGGAUCACGGAGAGCGGCUACCUGUCCGGAGACGGGAGCGCGGAGAAGGACGCCGGGAGCGCACCGGAAGUGUCCGACGCGACCAAGGACAAGGACGCAGCGGAUUCGGGCUGGACCGGAACUCCGUCUUCGGUGAAAUCGGUCGAUUCAGGCGACUCGGGGAUUUUUGAGCAGGCCAAAAGGAAGAGGAUGUCACCUCCGGUUUCAGAGGAGCACUCUCCGCUCAAAACAGAGCUCCUGAACGCGCACGAUGGAGCCAGGAGCAUCAACUACUUCACUUUCUACUCUCACACUUAAACACGCACCACGCGGGAUGGUUCGGCUUUAUUUAUUUAUUUAUUUAUUUAUUUAUUUGGGAGGUGGGUGUCCGAGAAAAUGAUCCUGAUCAAGCACAUGAAGCCAUUUGGUUUUUAGCCCCCCAUGACUGAAACCAUAAUUUGUUCAAGUCUAAUCAUUAUCUCUCUCUCACACGCACACACACACACACACACACACACGCAGAUGAACUGUUCAUAUUAUAUAUAUUUAAUUAGGCCUGGUUAAUUUGGCUGGGUGGGGGGUGUCAGAAUGAUCAUGAUCUGAAAAGGACAAAAACCUGACACCAUCUGAUUUCAAAUCCUUCAUGCGGUCUGUAGCCUUAG